AUCGUAAGGAUGGGUUUACACUAUUAACUCCCAGCCCAAUGACAGUCCUGCUAGUGUCCCUCAAGUAAAAAUAGAAGACUUUAAAUAGCAUCUCACACAUACACAACAAACAGCUGCUCAGUGACCAAGCAAACCCGCAAUACAAAUUAAGUUGUGCAAAUCAAACACAGAAGAACACACAAAGCAUGGGAGACUUUCAAAACUUUGAACAGGACUUCUAUCAGUCUGGGUAUUAUACAGAAGGCCAAGAAGAGAUAUAUGGCUACGAUCCAACCUACCUCAAUCCAGAGUAUGAUGAUGUUGAUGGUAACGGCCCCUUACAAGAUGAGUAUACCACCCAAACCCCUUAUACUGGGCAAGUGUUUCAGCCUGGAGCACAACCUGAACAAACAGAAUAUACAGAUUCAUUUGAGCAAGAGCCGCCACUCUUGGAAGAGCUGGGCAUUAACUUUGACCAUAUCUGGCAGAAGACUCUGACUGUGUUAAAUCCAUUAAAACCAGCGGAUGGCAGCAUAAUGAAGGAGACCGACCUCACUGGCCCCAUUCUCUUCUGCAUUGCCCUGGGAGCCACACUUUUGAUGGCAGGGAAAGCACACUUUGGAUAUGUGUAUGGCAUCAGCGCUCUGGGAUGUGUUGGGAUGUACAUGCUGUUGAACCUGAUGAGUAGCUACAGCAUAUCCUGUGGAUCUGUGGCAAGCGUGCUUGGAUAUUGUCUCCUGCCUAUGGUAGUGCUCUCCACCGUUGCUGUCGUUUAUUCCCUCCAAGGACUUCUGGGCACGUUAUUGGCCUUGUUCGUGAUUGGCUGGUGCAGUCUGUCAGCUUCUAAGAUUUUCACUUCCACUCUUGAUAUGAGCGGACAGCAACUGCUGGUGGCGUAUCCCUGUGCUUUACUGUACGGUGUCUUUGUUCUCCUUACUGUCUUCUGAUUGUUCAGUUAAAAAUGUUACCAUUCAUGCACAAUUAUUACUCCAAGAUGAGUUCACAUGCACUUCAUAAGUAAUGUAGUUUGUCUGUCAAAUUACUAACUUGGCAACAAAACAAAAGUAUAAUACAUCUUAUUAAUAUUAUGAUAGAACAACUCUGUACUCAUGUUUUAGUUGUUAAGAAUUUUUGUUGAGGUGUAGUAGAAUAUAUUUUUAAACCGUUUGCAUAACACAAAUCAUGCAAAGCUGUUUAGAUAAUAAAAUACACACAUUCAUAAGAUACUGUAUUGCUAGCAAUAUCAUCAUGAUAAGCAUUCACUCUCAAUCUCACUCCCUUUCAGGGAUCAAACUGAAUAAUGCAGAGAAAGCUGAUCUAUCUUAUCAUCUGAUCUUAUUAAUUAUUGAGUUGUGUGCGUAGGAAACAGCUGUUUGUGUUUAAAUUCAUUUACAGGUAAUUUAUUUCAAAAACACACCCACAGAUGAUCUGAGCUUGGAAAUUCAUUAAUGUGGGAACGCUGUUUGAUUUAUGAAAGGGGAUUUAAAUUUCCUGGGGUUGUAAUGUAUUAUAGAAACAUCCUAAAUCCUAAUUUGUUUAGCAUAUAUGGUGAUUUCAAUUUUGAACCAUUUUAUAACAUUGAGCUUGUUAAAUGUUCACUUAAGACAGGACGAUUCUUUAAUAUGGCUUCUCGAACCAAAGGCAGGUUUUCUUCAAAAUAAGGGAGACAAAAAA